AUGAGCUCCACGGCCACCCUCUCUGCAGAUCCGGACGCCUCGUCGUCGUGCGCUUCAUCGCAUGUGUCUACACCCGACACCAUGAGCGUACUGGUGCCGUACAAGCGCCCUGCGCAGGAGUCUUCUGUGGCAACCGGUGGAGCCUCUCGGCAGCAACGGUUCCCAAAAUCGACGUACGGAGGCAAAAACAUCAGAACAUCUGGGUCGACCCUUGGUAGUUCUGUGUCGCCGCACGGCGCUGGAGCUGCCUCACGCGGCGAUCAAAGCCGGAGGGGGGACGGCGUUCCUGAUGACGCGCUAAGCUCAUAUUCGUUGCAACCGGCAGCGCCACUGGAUCGUCCGCGUGACGAGGAAUUUGACGCGGUAGAGCGGCGGGCUCGUAUGGCGUUGGAAAGUAUUGCAACGCAGGAUGAAGACUUGGAGCCGAGGAUGGGCGAUCAUAUCGAAGUUCUGCAGUCGUACCGUACGGCGUGCGAGGCGCGUGCGAUGUACCGCGAAGCUUACCUUGUGCAGCAGGUGCUGAGGAAUCUUCGGCUUGAGGAGGAGAGCCGGCACGUGCGCGGCAUCACGGAGCAGCAGAUGGAGGAGCGCCGAAUUCUCGAGGAGGCGCACCGCCAGGAGUUCCGCGAGUUCCACCACUCCUGGAACGCCCGCAUCGACGCCUUUGAGGAGGAGCAGCUGGAGGCGGAGCUGGCGUUGCUGGAGCGGCAAAACGAGGAACUCAUUCGCUUUCAGGAAGAGUUGCGAAACUUCCAGCCUCGUCUUCUUAGGUACAGCCGCUCGCUGCUCGAAUCUCGCCUGAAGCAGCAGACACUAGCCAAGCAACGCGACUACGUGGGGGCACAGGCGCAGAAGGCGCAUGCCGAAGCGAUCGAGGUGGAGGACAUUGAGCGCUUCGAGGCUGCUCGUAUGAGUCUGUUUGAGCGCCGCGAGUACGCAGCGCGCCAUCGCCAUCAGCAAGAGUUAUACGCGCUGCGCUCGAAGGUGGAGAGUCGCCGGCUGUAUCUGGAGCGGUACCGCAAGCAGGAGCUCGAUGUGCUCUUGCAGCGCUAUAUCAACGCCCGCCGCUCCAUGGAGUCGCAGCAGAACAUCGUUCGCAACAAGACCGGCACACUACUGCUGAAGCACGCGUGCAAUAUGAAAACGGAUAACAGCGGGACGGCGGUGUUGGUCGAGAGCGCCGGCUCUGGCACCUUUGGCACCGUGGUGCAGCGACGCCAGGCCUACGAGCUCCGCGCUUCGCAGGGUCCGCCGGAUGGGGCUUCCGCGUUGGUCCACAACGUAAACGCGAUGUAG